AUGGGAGGCUGGCCCUGCUGCCCCUGCUGCAGGCCUCGCCCCGUCCCCCUCGCUCACCUGGACGAAGAAGUCGAGCAGCUUGAUGUUGAGGAGCUCGAGUCCCGCAGGUCGCGGCUGCCCUCGGUGCGCAGCGAGUUCAGCAGGUUCCGGCAGCUGAGCGUGCUGGGCCGGGGUGGCUUCGGGAAGGUGAUGCUGGUGGAGGACGAGCUGACUGGCCACUUUUACGCGAUGAAGGUGAUCGUCAAGCAGCACAUCGAGCAGCGCAACCAGCGGCUGCACACCAAGGCCGAGCGCACCAUCCUGCAGGCCAUCUCCCACCCGUUCAUCGUCAGCCUGGUCUUCGCAUUCCAGUCGGCCACCCGGCUGUUCCUGGUCAUGGACUUCAUGCAGGGAGGCGAGUUGUUCUUCCACCUGCGCAAGGAGCACCGCUUUCCCGACGAGAAGACGCAACUGUACGCCGCGCAAAUCCUACUGGCCCUUGAGUACCUGCAUAGCCAGGACAUCGUCUACCGUGACCUCAAGCCCGAGAACAUCCUGGUCGGGGCCGACGGGUACCUGAGGAUCACCGACUUCGGGCUCAGCAAGGUGGUCCAGAGCGACGAGAAGACAUACACGUACUGCGGCACGCCUGAAUACCUGGCUCCUGAGAUUUUCUUGGAACAGGGCCACGGGAAGACAGUGGACUGGUGGAGCCUGGGGGCGCUGAUCUACGAGAUGGCGGCAGGCGCGCCUCCGUUCUACUCGAAGGACCAGGGCAAGAUGUUCCGCAACCGGAUCAACAAGCCAGUCGAAAUGAAGGAGCACUUCAGCGCCAGCCUGCGCAGUCUGCUGAAAGGACUGCUCGAGAACAACGUAGCCCCCUGAUCAGCCGCCAAGCGCCUGGGCAGCGCAGGUGCCUUCGAGAUCAAGGAGCAUCCCUACUUCCACGGCAUCGAGUUCGGCCGCCUUUACCGCAAGGAGUACAAGAUGUCCUUCCGGCCCGUGCUGGAAGGCCCGCGGGACCUGCGCUACUUCGACCGGAUGUUCACAGAGCAGCAGGUGCGACACACGUAG